CUGCGCUCACCGCGCUGCUCCGUUUUGUGGUGGGAGCCCAGACAGCUGCCUUUGUGCCCAGAUCAGCAACUGGCCUCCCCAGAUCACACGUGGGGCUGACAGGGACUGAGGUCAUUGCUGCCGAGCUUUGAAUCCUGACUUAUUCAGCCACACGGAUUGCCACGUUAUGACCCAGGCACUUGGCGCUGGGGCUGCUUGGAGAACACAGCCCAUCUCUCUCUUGGUCCUUCUCUUUCUGGGCAGUGCGUCUUCCCUUGUGCCUUCAGGAGCCUUCUCUAACCUGCCUCACACCUGGGAACAUGGCCACCUGUGCAUGGCUCGUCCUGGGAGGAGAUGACAUUAGUCACUAUGAUGCCUGAGAAUCAAGUGUGACGUUUUUCUGGUACUUCAUGGUCUUCUCCUCCACCCUCUCCACUCCACUGCUCCACGCGGCUCCUGGAACAUGGGGGAAAACGAGGAUGAGAAGCAGACCCAGGCCGGGCAGAUUUUUGAGAACUUUGUCCAGGCUUCCACGUGCAAAGGCACCCUCCAGGCCUUUAACAUCCUCACCCGGCACCUGGACCUAGACCCUCUGGACCACAGAAACUUUUAUUCCAAGCUGAAGUCCAAGGUGAACACCUGGAAGGCUAAAGCCCUGUGGUACAAAUUGGACAAGCGUGGAUCCCACAAGGAAUAUAAGCGAGGGAAGUCGUGUAUGAACACCAAGUGUCUCAUCAUUGGGGGAGGACCAUGUGGUUUGCGCACUGCCAUUGAACUUGCCUACCUGGGGGCCAAAGUGGUCGUGGUGGAGAAGAGGGACACCUUCUCCCGGAACAAUGUGCUGCACCUCUGGCCUUUCACCAUCCAUGACCUGCGGGGCCUGGGAGCCAAGAAGUUCUACGGGAAGUUCUGUGCCGGCUCCAUCGACCACAUCAGUAUUCGUCAGUUGCAGCUCAUCCUAUUCAAGGUAGCCCUGAUAUUGGGAGUUGAAAUCCAUGUGAAUGUGGAGUUCGUGAAGGUUCUUGAGCCUCCUGAAGAUCAAGAAAAUCAAAAAAUUGGCUGGCGGGCAGAAUUUCUUCCUGCGGACCACUCUCUGUCGGAGUUUGAGUUUGACGUCAUCAUUGGCGCUGAUGGCCGCAGGAACACCCUGGAAGGGUUCAGAAGAAAAGAAUUCCGUGGGAAGUUGGCUAUUGCAAUCACCGCCAACUUCAUAAACAGAAACAGCACAGCUGAGGCCAAGGUGGAAGAGAUUAGUGGCGUGGCUUUCAUCUUCAAUCAGAAAUUCUUUCAGGACCUUAAAGAAGAAACAGGGAUUGAUCUGGAGAACAUUGUUUACUACAAGGACAGCACGCACUAUUUCGUCAUGACUGCCAAGAAGCAGAGCCUGCUCGACAAAGGUGUCAUCCUUAAUGACUACAUCGACACAGAGAUGCUGCUGUGUGCAGAGAACGUAAACCAGGACAACCUGCUUUCCUAUGCUCGUGAAGCUGCAGACUUCGCCACCAAUUACCAGCUGCCAUCUUUAGACUUCGCCAUGAACCAUUAUGGGCAGCCCGACGUGGCCAUGUUCGAUUUCACCUCCAUGUACGCCUCAGAGAACGCGGCCCUGGUGCGCGAGCGUCAGUCACACCAGCUGCUCGUGGCCCUGGUGGGCGACAGCUUGCUUGAGCCGUUUUGGCCCAUGGGCACAGGCUGUGCCCGCGGCUUCCUGGCAGCCUUUGACACGGCGUGGAUGGUGAAGGGCUGGGACCAGGGCACUCCUCCCCUGGAGCUGCUGGCUGAAAGAGAAGGUCUUUACCGGCUGUUACCUCAAACGACCCCAGAGAACAUCAACAAGAACUUUGAGCAGUACACGCUGGACCCGGGGACGCGGUACCCAAACCUCAACUCGAACUGUGUCAGGCCCCAUCAGGUGAAGCAUUUGUACAUCACUAAGGAGCUGCACCAAUUCCCUGUCGAGAGGAUGGGCUCACUAAGGAGAUCUGUCAACCUCUCCAGGCGGGAGUCAGACAUCCGACCCAGCAAGCUCUUAACCUGGUGCCAGCAGCAGACCGAGGGCUACCAGCAUGUCAACGUCACCGACCUGACCACGUCCUGGAGGAGUGGCCUGGCCCUGUGUGCCAUCAUCCACCGCUUCCGGCCUGAGCUGAUCAACUUUGACUCUUUGAACGAAGAUGACGCCGUGGAGAACAACCAGCUGGCAUUUGACGUGGCCGAGCGUGAGUUUGGCAUCCCCCCGGUGACCACAGGCAAGGAGAUGGCGUCAGCUCAGGAGCCCGACAAGCUCAGCAUGGUCAUGUACCUCUCCAAGUUCUACGAGCUCUUCCGGGGCACCCCGCUGAGGCCUGUGGAUUCUUGGGGCAAAAACUAUGGAGAAAAUGCUGACCUCAGCUUGGCCAAAUCCUCCAUUUCUCACCACUAUCUCAACCUCACGUUUCCAAGGAAGAGGACUCCACGAGUGGACCACCAACCCGAAGAGAACGACAUGAACAAACGGAGGCGGAAAGGCUUCAACAACCUGGACGAGCCUUCCGCCUUUUCCAGCCGGACCCUGGGCUCCAGUCAAGAGGGCAGCAGCAAAGAAGGUGGGAAUCAGAACAAGGUGAAGUCCAUGGCGAGCCAGCUGCUGGCCAAGUUUGAGGAGAACUCUCGGAACCCCUCGCUCCUGAAGCCGGAACGCCAUGUCUCAGGGAUAGGUAAGCCCGUCCUGCGCUCUUCCUCUGACUCUCCUGUUCACUCUCGCCGCCCCACGCCGGAGGAGCCCACACCCAGCCCGUCACCUCCUCUGAAAAGGCAGUUCCCCCCAGUGGUUGUGACGGGGCAUGUGCUCCGGGAGCUAAAGCAAGUGUCCGCUGGCAGCGAGGGCCCGAGCAGGCCCUGGAGAGCCAGAGCCAAGUCUGACCUGCAGCUAGGGGGGCCAGAACCAUCUGCCGCCCUGCCUCCCACCUGCCAGGGAGGGCUGGCCCCAUCUGGGGUGCUGCGGCGGCUGCAGCAAGUGGAGGACAAGAUUGUCCAGAAGAGGGCUCAGAACUUGGCCAACAGGGAAUUUCACACAAAGAACAUUAAGGAGAAGGCGGCUCACCUCGCCUCCAUGUUUGGACACGAGGAUUUCCCACAGAAUAAACUACUCUCUAAAGGCCUGUCUCAUACUCCUCCUCCGUCUUCUCCCUCCUGCCUUCCACCUCCUGAUCCAGCUGCUACUUCCUCUCCGUCGACUGUUGACUCUGUGUCUCCUGCCAGAAAGCUGACGGUAGGGAGAGUGUCCAGCGGAAUAGGGGCUGCGGCCGAAGUCCUGGUCAAUCUGUACAUGAAUGAUCACAGACCUAAGACCCAGGCCACCUCUCCAGACCUGGAGUCUAUGCGAAAGGUGUUUCCCGGGAACUUGGGCGGCAGCAACACCUGUUACUUCUGUAAGAAGCGUGUGUACGUGAUGGAGCGGCUGAGUGCAGAGGGCCACUUCUUCCACCGGGAGUGUUUCCGCUGCAGUGUCUGCGCCACCACCUUGCGCCUGGCCGCCUACGCCUUCGACGGUGACGAAGGCAAGUUUUUCUGCAAGCCUCAUUUCAUUCACUGUAAAACCAAUAAUCAGCAACGGAAGAGACGGGCAGAGUUGAAGCAACAAAGAGAGGAGGAGGGGACGUGGAAAGAGCAAGAAGCCCCUCGGCGAGACACUCCCAUGGAAAGCUCUUGCGCAGCCGCAGCCAUCGGCACGCCCGCAGGCAGCCCCCCAGGUAUCCCCAAUUCCUUCUUUAGGAAGGCGCUAAGCUGGCCUCUCAGGCUGUCGUGGGGCCUGCUUCGCCUUCCCCGGAGCCUGCUUAACUGGAUUCAGGGACUCCUGCGCGCCGUCGGCCUGCAUAUCAGGGACAAUGCUUACAACUACUGCUACACCUACGAGCUCCUGAGCCUCGGGCUGCCCCUCCUCUGGGUGUUCUCCGAGGUCCUGGCUUCCAUGUUCCGGGAGUCCGAGGAGACCCUCGAGAGCAUCCGCAACUCGGUGCUCAGAUGCCUCCCGGUCAAGCUCCACUGACGCGCCGGCCCCCCAGAGUGCCUUAACAUUUCCAGGGUAGAUGGCGGGGUGUUCCCAGGUAGCUGAGGCGCUGGCCGGGAAGCCUAGCGGUCUUGAACCGAUUAGCUCAAAGCCAAAGAGUUCCACGGUGGCCUCCUGCGCCUGGCCUGUCAGGGUGAACCUUUGCUCCCGGUGCUGGGGCCAGCACCACAUGAAGGAUUUUUUUUAUAGCUUUGUACUUUUAUACCAAAGCGAGCCAUAUUUCUAGGUUUACAUUUCAAUUUUUAACUUUUAAUAAGCCAAAAGAAAACAUUUUUUUCUAUAAGCGUCAAUUUUUCUAAACGGGUUUGAGGUUUAUAACUGGUCUUACAGACCCCUUCCACGUGGCAGUCGGCUGCAAGAGUCACUACCUGCAACGGUAGUGAUUUGGGCUUUUAUAUAAACCAAAGUGAGUGUGCCAUCUCCUGACCAGUGCCUUUCAAUUUAUGUCCCUGGAUGCCACUUGUCAACAGGAGGCAAUUUUUUGCAAGGUGAAAGCAUAGUCAUUUUAGAAG